AUGAGGAUGGGCAGUGGGGGGUCCUCAGGCAGGGAGGAACGGCUGCCAUCGGCUGCCGAAGAGCAGCUGAAUGCUGGGGAUCAGAUGCUGGAGCUCUCUGGGCGCCAUCUGAAGAAGCUGCCAAUACCAGUCUGUGCCCUGAGCACCCUCCAGAAGCUCUACAUCAGUGGCACAGGGAUAACAGAGCUGCCGGAAGAAAUAGAGGGGCUGCAGGAGCUGCGGAUCCUGGCAUUGGACUUUAACAAGCUGGAGGAAGUGCCUGAGGCUCUGUGCCGUCUACCACAACUGACCCGUCUCUACCUUGGCAGCAAUCGUCUUUUUGGGCUUCCUGCAGAGUUCUGUCAGCUCAAGACUCUCCGUUGCUUGUGGAUUGAGAGUAAUUACUUGUACCACUUCCCACGGGUCCUGCUUCAGAUGCCUGGACUACAGUCCCUGCAGAUGGGUGACAACCGACUCAAGACCCUACCAAAUGGCCUGCCACGCAUGAGGGGGCUCCGGGGACUCUGGCUGUAUGGCAACCGCUUUGAGGAAUUCCCAAAGCCUUUGCUGCGCAUGACCCAGCUUCACAUCCUCGACCUGGACCGCAACAAGCUCACUGAAUUUCCUGACUUGAGUCACCUGUGGAGGCUUCGACUCUUCUCCUAUGACCACAACCCUGUGGAAGCGCCACCCAGUGUGGCAGACACAGUCAUUGUGGUGGGUGAGGGAGCCCAGGAGUUUAUGGAAGCUAGGGAGGAACGUCGCCAGGCCAUUCGGGAGCAAGAAGAGGAAGAACAGGAUGAGAAUGAAUCUGAGGUUCUCCAGACCAAUAUAAAAAAUGACUCCUCCAUGUUGGAUGAUGGGGAAGGCAGUUAUUCUCCUCUAGAAUGCUCUCCCGAGGAGACAUGA